AUGCCCUGGCAGCCUCUCCCCCGAAUCGCAUUCGCCGUCGCCACCUUCCCCUUCGCCGCCGAAGGCCCGGCCGACCUCCCGCUCGAGAUUGGCGAUGAGCUCUACAUCAUCGAGGAGACGCCCGACGGCGGCUGGCUGCGCGGCUACCUCGUUGCCCCCCCUAGCCUGCUCGCCGGCUUGACCUCCGUCAAGGGCCAAACCCUCGAGGCACGCGUCUUCAGCGGCAUCUUCCCUCGCAGCUGCGUCGAGGUACGAGAGAUGCUGGGCGAAUCGGACGAACGGGACGGCCAACAGGUCGUCGACGACGAGCAUCGCGGCCGAAACGGAACCCAGACCGAGUCGGAGGCGGAUGAGCCCCCAUCGUCCACGGCCGCCGCAAGGCCCUCGAGCGACGCGGCCAAGAGCAGCCUUGUCGACCCGACGGUGCCGACGGCGCGAAAGCUGAGCGCCGCAAGCUUCACCGUGCGGAGAAGGCCGUUGAGCGAGCUUCCCAACGGCACCCUCGGCCACGUGUCCGCCCCCGCCGAGAGGGACGUCGACGCUCCGCGGCCCGCCGCGCCGGUCCCGAUGCUCAAGAUCGGAGACGAGACGCCGACUUCGGCCUCGGAGCCCUUGAUCGACGAGAUUGCCUCCUGCCUGCGGGAGUGGCACUCGACGAACCUCCACGAGCUGCUUCUGUCGCGCCGAUACGCCGAGCUCGACAAGCUCUCGCAGCUCAUCACGAGCCUCAACCUUCACCGCCAAAAGUUUCUCCACAAUGUCCUCACGGCAAACGAGUACCAUCGGCUGCGGGAGCGAACCGUCUGGGACCUGGUCAAGGUGAACAAGCUCUGCGGCGGCGAGGUCAUCGUGCGGGACCCGGCCGCCCGCGGUCGCGUUCUGACGGCCGAUGAUUCCGUCGUCGAGGUCACGAGCUUGCAGUCCCACAUGAGCCUUCUGGAGGAGCCUCCCCAGCCCGUGGCCGAACUCUCCAGUCUAUACCACCUUCUGCUCGAGGUCAAGGGAUUUGCCGCUUCCUCGGCCGAGGAAAUGUCCUUGUCCAUUCAUCUCGUCUCCAAACCUCCCCACGGAAACAUGUCCAACCUGUUCGAGUCCUUCAGCGUCGACGUUCCCUCCGGCGGCACCAUGGGAAAUCUAACCCAGAGCGAGCCGGCGAGGACCCUCUUCGCCGAACUUUCCGCCCAAGACAUCGGCGAUGCUCCCUCUGCGGACUCCGACCUCUAUCUCGUCGUCAAGGUCCUUGCGACGCAGAAGAUUCCAUCACUCGCCCCCCAGUCCCAUUCCGGCACGGCGACGGACCAUGUCGACUCCUCGAGAGGCCACCCAAGAUCAGCCCCCACGACGGCGAAUAAGGCUUCCAGGAGAAGCUUGAUGUGGAGCGGCAAGAACGGCCGGACGGCCCUCUCGAGAGCCAGCGGCGUGCCGAAACUGAACGGCCUUCCGGAGCGAGCAGAUGAUUCUUCUCGCGAUGGUGCCACGCCGAGCAAUGCCGGCCAUCCUCCUCCUGGCACCUCCGACUCGAGAGCGGCCGCCGCCGCGGAUGGCCCCCUGACAACCAUGAGAAUUGUCGGAGUGGGCGUCCUGAAGCUCAACUCCAUCGCGAAGCAAACCGACGAGGUGGAGCAGGUCAUCAGCAUCUGGUCCCCGACCCCACGCCUCACCGCCGAUGAGGAGGACGGGGAGGAGUGGGAUCCGCUUAUCCGCGAAGUCUUGGGCAAGUCGACCGGCUGCUUUGAGAAAUCCCGGAGAGGCGAGCGGCUCCAGCUGAGCCUCCGCAUGUUCAACCAUCCAAACGCCGACGCCCUGAUCAACGCCACCCCGACCCUCCUCUCGGCCGUCUCCAAGACGAGCCGGAUCGGCUUCUCCGGCGCCCCGACGCAGCCCAGGUCGGACAUUUAUCUGACAGUCAACACAGCCGCCUUGGCUCGCCAAAACCUGCUCUCGAGAUUCGGCGGCAGCGCGACCAGCAUGCCACCCGGUCUGCAGGGCCAGAAUCUGCAAGUCACCCUCGAGGUUCGUGGCCCCGACGGCCAGCGAUUCGACAACUGCAUCUACGCCGCGUCCAACAGGGAGCCCGUCUCGGUCUUCAGGUCUGCCGCCGUGGAAAGGGGGGAGGCCUGGAACCAGACGCUUCGAUUGUCCUUGUCGCCCACCGACGUGCCCACCGCUCAUGUCGUGCUCUUUCUUUCCGACAUGCCGAACCCGCCCUUCGCCGUCGCGCAUCUGCCCCUGUGGGACCAGGAAGCCUUCACCCGCGAUGGCCGGCACGGCCUCCUGCUCUACAAGCUGGACGAGAACACCUCGACGGCCCACGCCGGUCCUUCCGGGAGAGGCGGUUACCUCUCGCUGCCCUGGGCGCCUCGUGGCAGGGAUCAGCAUUCCGCCGACGUCACCGGACCUUUGGCCGUCCUCCUUGUCGACUCUUUUCUCUGCAGCACAAGGUUCUCCCAAGACAGGGUGAUACUGGGAAUUCUCCACUGGAAGAACAUGUCGCACGAAAGCCUGACCUCGGUGCUGAGACGGCUGAUCUUCGUUCCCGAGAUCGAGGUUGUCAAACUGCUGAGUGAUGUUCUCGACGGUCUGUUCGGCAUGCUUGUGGAGCAUUCGGAAAACGACGAGUUCGAGGAUUUGGUCCUCACGGCCCUGGUCAAGGUUCUCGGCAUCGUGCACGACCGGAGAUUCAACCUCGGGCCUCUGGUUGACCACUACGCCGAGGGCAAGUUCAACUACCCCUUUGCCGCCGCAAGCCUGGUCCGCGCCUUCACCCGCCUCCUCCAGGACCCCACGGAGCCCGAGACGGCCCGCAAGCUGAGGACGACCUUCAAGGUCGUCCGCCACAUCCUCAAGUUCAUCAAGCAUGCUCGAGGGCAGAUGAAGGCAAAGGAGGCCGUCAUCGGUAUCAAGUCUUCCCCGCAGGGGUUCACGCGCCAGCUGCGGACCAUCUUCAAGGCCUUGGACGCCAUGAUGUGCAACCCUGCCCCGGUCCUCGUCGGCAGCCAGACGCUGGCCGUGCAGCACUUUCACACCUGGCUGCCGGAGCUCACCGGCCUCCUGACGACCGAGGAGAUUGUUCACAUUGCCAUCGAUUUCAUGGAUUCCUGCACCAAUGUGAAGGGGAAGCUGAUCCUCUACAAGCUCAUCCUAAUCAUCAACUACUCGAAGCUCGACCUCUUUGCUCACCCGGAUCAGAACGCGGCGCUCUGUGCCAACACCGUUCGAUGGAUAUCUCCCCAUUGGGGCCACGUCGAACAGGUUGAUGAUCAAUGGCGAGACCAGGUCCGCCUGUGCUGCUCCAUCAUUGCAAGCCAGGUCCCUCACCUUGGUCCCGAGAUUCCCGACCACGUGCCUAGCAUCAUCGACUCGUACAUGGCAAUCCUCUCGUCACCGCAAAAGCGCCGCGCUCGACUCUCUCUUCUGUUUCCCACCUCUUAUCCGUUCCCGUCCAGUUCGGUCAAGGAGAGGCACUCCCUUGAUGAGGCGUUGGUCGAGCUGUCGGCCAUCCUGUCGGCCAUUUCGAGCACUCCCGCCGGCCUGCAACUCGAGCUCGCCGACGGCAACCUCGCCAUCCUUCUCGAGAAACUGCUCGAGCUGCACAUGAGCAUUCUCACUGGCGCCGCCUUCCCGUCGGGCUGGUUGAGCGUGUACAUCUACCACCACAAGUCAACCAUGCGUACGUUGCAGUAUCUGGCCGGCAUCAUGCUGGAGUCCUUCCUUCCUGACCCCGAUGACGCCGAAAGCUUCAAUACGGAACUCUGGAAAGUCUUCUUCAACACUCUUCUCAAGCUGGUUGGGAGUCCGUCGCUUGCUCUCGAGACCUUUCCCGAACAAAAGCGAAGGGCCGUGUGGAAGAUUGCGGGCGAUGUGCGCGAGGACGGAGCCGAGCUUCUGCGCAGGACCUGGGAAGCAAUCGGCUGGGAAACGGCACCCGAUGAGCUCGCUCGGUACGGCUUGCCCAAGCUUGGCGGGUACCAGGUUCAGUACGUCCCGGCUCUUGUCGGCCCCAUCGCCGAGCUAUGUUUGAGUGUCCACGAAGGACUGCGGAAGAUGGCGGUCGAGGUUUUGCAAACCAUGAUUGUCAGCGAGUGGACUCUGAGCGAGGACCUCACCGUCAUCCAAACGGAGAUGAUCGAGUGCCUGGAUCAGUUUUUCAAGACGAAACCCCUGACGGAGAGCAUCCUCCAGAAGCUCUUCAUCGGUGAAUUGCUGCAGCGUUUCACCCUUCUGUCCGAGAUACCCGACGAUCCGCUCUACGCGGCCAUCCGUGAGCUGGUCGCCACUCUGGACGAGUUCCUCGAUCUGCUCGUUGCUGUCCACGGCGGCGAUGGCGGCAACGAGGCCUCCAACAUCAUCAACCGGCUCCGGCUGAUGGAAUUCCUGCGAGACAUGCAGAAGGAAGAGAUAUUCGUGCGCUACGUUCACCACCUGGCGAGCUUCCAGGCCGAGAGUGGGAAUCAAGCAGAGGCAGGCCUCGCACUGCGCCUGCAUGCCGACCUCUACGAGUGGGAUCCCACUCAACAGACGCCAGCCUUGGUGGAGCCGGAAUUUCCGGCCCAGACAAUGUUUGAGCGCAAGGAAAAGAUUUACUUUGACAUGGUCAAGCACUUCGAGGAAGCUGAAUCUUGGAGCAACGCGUUGACGGCGUACAAGGAGCUCCAGGUGCAAUACGAGACGAACGUGUUUGACUUUGCCAAGCUGGCAAGGACAGAGCGCGCAAUUGCGACCAUCUACGAGACCAUAUCGAAGAGCGACAAGCUUGUGCCGAGAUACUUCAAGGUGGUCUACAAGGGCCUGGGGUUCCCCUCGGGCAUGCGUGACAAGGAGUUUAUCUACGAGGGAUCGCUCGUCGAGCGAGCGUCCGCUUUCACCGAUCGCAUGCAGGAGCAGUACCCAUCCGCUCAGAUCGUCACGAAUGGUGACGUGGAAGAAGUCGAGGGACAGUUUCUCAUCAUCUCGGCCGUCACACCUCACCGUGACCUGACUCACCAGACUUUCCAACGGACUCGGGUCCCCCCGGGCGUCCGCGAUUUCCUGCUCUCUUCUCAUCCUCAGAGCUUCACCUUCACGACGAUGCGCAACACCUCGGGAUCCGAUGUGGAGGAACACCAUGCGGAAAAGGUCGUGCUAACCACUGCCGAACCGUUCCCCACCCUUCUCCGUCGAAGUGAGAUCGUCGACAGCUACAAAGUGCGACUGUCGGCGCAUGAAACGGCGCUGGAACGAAUCAUCCGCAAGACGCAGGAGAUGACGGCACUGGAGCGCCGCCUGGCUGAUGGUGACGAAUCAAACGCACAGCAGCUGCUCGAUGCAGUGUCGGCGUCGGUAAGCCUGUCGUCCAAGAACAGCGUUGCCCACUAUCGAAAGCUGCUGCCGAGUUUUGAAGGCCGAGACGACGAGAACUAUGAGGCGGAAGCAGAGCUCGGGCCUAUGGAUGUCGCCAUCAAGAUGGCUUUGGUCGAUCAUGCCUUGACGAUCAAGAGGUGUCUGGCUCUAUUUUCGCGACGUGCCAGCGAUAUUGCCUCGCAAAAACACGUAGAGCUCACAGGACACUUUGAGAGGAGGUACGAGACCGAGAUUGCCAUGUUCGCACCUUCAACGCCAGCGCCACCGGCUUCGUCAACCCCGUCCACGGCGUUUAGACGCUCUCUUUCGUCUCUCGGUCACAGCCCGCAGUGGCCCAACAUUGCAAGCCCGCUCAUCGGAAUCAAAGCCGAGGAGGCAUCGAUCGGCCAACGGGUUUCCCUGCGGCAACGCGGCACCCGGCUCAGCUUCCUUGCCGGGCGAAGGCAAGAACCAGAGCAAACCCCCGAGCCCGUAGGGGUGAACUCCGGAACGGACAUGGCAUCCGCCAUCAGGCGCAGCUUGAGCAAGGGUGCACGUCGUCGACAGAGCUUAUUCAUGUCCAAGUCCAUGGACGGUGACUUUGGUCGCAACGAAGAUGCCGGCAUGGGAAGACGCAACAGCUCGGCAAGUAAGCAGAGCCUAGACAGAGGUUCCACAAAAGAUGACAAGUCUCUCGACUCAGAGGGGCCUGGCUUAGUGAAGCGGGGAGGGAGUGUGAGGAAGAGGCUCAGCAUGCUGAAGCUAGGCAAGAAAACCAGCAAAGUGAGUGGAGUCAUGAGAAGUGUUGACGAAGAAUAA